AUGAUUUUAAAGCGAAAGAUGAGGAAGCGAAGGAAUUCAUCGGGCGAUUUCUUCGUGGACGAAAGCUGCGUGGACUGUGAUAUCUGCUGCUGGAUGGACCCCCGUACCUUCAAGAGGUCGGGGCUAGGCGCUGUGGUUGCCUCGCAACCCAAAUCAGAGGAGGACCGAAUGAGAGCGUUCCAAGCGAUGCUCGCGUGUCCCGCGGGAUCAAUCCGUGUCAUGCGAGGAGACAGACAGGUGAUCAAAGCUCUCGAGAGCUUCCCGUUACCUGUGGACGAAGAGCGUCUCCCCGGCAUAUACCAGCUUGGUCCCACUACCCGCGAGUCCAUGGGCAACACCCCGUACCUCAUCGUGAGGCCCGGAAAGGGGAACAUCAUGAUCGACGUUCCUAGGUACCUGGAGCAGACUGCAGAUCAGGUGGCGGCCCUUGGAGACGUGAAGUACAUGAUUGUUACAGCCAGGGAUAACGCCGAUGGGCACGAGAGGUGGAAGAAGAAAUUUCCGGGAAUGAUCCGCAUCCUGCACCGGUUGGACCUAGUCCGCAAGACGCGUAUCAUGGAAGAGAGGCUGGAUGGGAAGGGACCCUGGUACCUCGUUGAAGACGGCUUUGAGUCGCCAGAAGACGGCUACGUUACUGGAGACACGGGUAAAGGGCACAACCUGUUGCCGAGGUUCGACUUCUUUGAGGUAGCAGACGAGGACUGCGCUCCGCAUGACCCCACCGUCAAGAUCGUAGGCAUCCCGGGACAAACAAGGGGGUCGAUCGGGGUCAUCGUGGAGUGGGGAAAGAGGAAGAGGGGGGGUAAGGAGAGGCUCGGCUUCACCGGGGGCACGGUGGGGAUGUCGGUGGAGAAAGAGAAAUUGGAUACGUUUACUCGAACCUUGGAGACCGAUCGGGCAACACUGGCAUCUUCCGUGCGAUUAUUAUCAAAGGAGGGCAUCACCUGGCUCAUGCCAGGCAGGGGUGCGAGAGUGAUGUACAGGACGAGAAAGGAGGGCAAGGCUGACUUGGAGAAAGCGGCCGGUAGGACGGAGGCGUUGCCGAACCUGGCGGGAAACCGUCUCCUCUUCGGAACGGAAUUCUUGUGACGGAUCGAAUAGUGUCGUCAGAAGAAAUCUACGGAAGUAGUUUUUUUUUUAGAUUUUAUCAAAACAGUUCUUGUGACGGAUCGAGUGGUGUCGUCAGAAGAACUCUACGGAAGUUUUUUUUUUUUUUUAUUAAAACAAAUUCAAUCUGCAUGCACAGACGAAGAGUCAAGGACAAUUAGCAAGAUUGCGAUAGUGUUCUAUGGCUUAGCAAGAAAUCAUAGUAUUGUGUGACGUAUGCAUACCUGUAGUUUUGCUUCUGUUAUCUGAGCAACUGUAGUGUUUUCUGUAAAACAGUUCCGUGAGAUCGUUGGAACGACCGAACAGCUAGCUCAUUUGUUGUUUAUCCUUAGCAGCAGUGGUGGGGGUAUUGGGCGUGCGAUGCUGACGGUCGUUUUUUGGUUUGUUUCCAUGUGUUUGUGGGCUUCGACGGUACAAUGCUGGCCGGGAGCCCGCGAUCAACCCCUUGUUUGUGCAUGAACAUCAAGUUCUCUGGCGCAGAUUGUGUGUGGGAUACCGCUGCCUUGCCAUCGCGCACUGGGCAACAAAUUUGCUAGAGUUUUCCCUCUCGAGCUACAGCGCACACCAAACUGACGGGGCGAGCGUGCUGAGCAGAGGAUCACUCUUGCAGGAUUUUGUAACCGAGGGACAAAACCUCACGAAGAGAU